UCUACGGAGAAACCCUACAUAUUCAGAAUACAUAAAUAGUAGUCUAAUACUAAUUAUACCAAAAUUAGGAAUUGAAUUCAGAAUAUUGUUUUAUUCACUAAUUAUUUUUAUUUCACAAGAGACAAGCAAAUACAGUUCAACAUGCCUAUGAUUAAGUUGCAAUCGUCGGAUAUGGAGAUCUUUGAGGUCGACAUUGAAGUCGCCAAAUGCUCCGGGACCAUUAAGACCAUGUUGGAGAGCUCUGCGGUGGAGGAAGAUGAGAAUGCCGUUGUGCCGGUGCUCAAUGUGGAUUCAACCAUUCUACGCAAGGUUCUCACCUGGGCCAGUCAUCACAGGUACGAUCCCCAGCCCACUGAGGAAGAUGAAAGCAUUGAAAGGCGUCGCGAAAUGAUUAGACCCUGGGAUGCACACUUCAUCAAUGUGGACCAGGGAACCCUGUUCCAACUAAUAUUGGCUGCCAACUACUUGGACAUGAAGGGUCUUUUGCUGUUGACUUGCAAAGCGACGGCCAAUAUUAUCAAGGGCAAGACUCCAGAGGAAAUAUGCAAAGCAUUUAACAUUCAAAAAGAUCCUCCCGCCGCCGAGGAAAAGUAGGAUGAUGACCCCAAGUACUCUAAUUAUGUUUAUCUAAGAUUAAAAAAAAAACCUAAUAAAAUUCCUUUGAUUUUGCGCA